GAAUUUCAGUAUCCAACACCUGGCCACUCGUCCUGAGGGACACAUAGAUCAGAAGUAAGGAUGGCCUUCCACUGGGAUAAGCUCUCGCCAGCGGAAUUCCAACAACUUCAGGACUUGGCAGCUUAUUCCACGCGGAAGCUACAGGAUGUUCUGACUGAAUUUUGUGGGAGCGCCACGACGCCGGGCGGCGUGCCGAAAUAUCAUCCGGACGGAAACGCAAACUUGUGGAGGACCUAACCCCCGCGGGAUACGACAAUCGACAUCGAAUGCUAAGAGGCUACGGUCGGUUAUGAGAUCAAGAGGUCCGGAAAUUCCCCCGCGGACGCGGUCUUUUGCUGUGAAGCGUAACCGAU